UUUGCUUUUUCAACACUCAAAUGAAGCCCUCUCUUACAGCUACUUUUUUGAUCUUAGCAACCGCACAUACUGCUAUAGCCCAAGUAGUCCAAGCUAGAUCUGAAUCUUCAUGUGCACUCUUGUCUAAAAAAAUAUAUUGUUAUGGAGGCUUAACAGAUGCCGAGGGAGACAUUGCAGACGUCAGUAUGGUUAUGCUCGAUGUCUUCAAUAACAGCGGAAGCACAGCAGACGAAAUGAAAGAUAGAUGGACUACAAUCACCACGAAUACCAAUGGUGUAAAGUUAAAUUCCAGAGAAGCCCCUCAAAUUAUGCAGCUAGAUGACAAAACCCUUUUGUUGAGUGGUGGUUACAAUAAAGAUUAUACCAAAUUAACGUCUCAAACGGUCACUUACAACUCGGAAACAAAUUCCUGGAAAGAGUAUGCAGAUUAUAUAGAAACACCUUACGGAAACAGACAAAUCUACUUUGCAUCUUCAGCCCAUGUCCCUAAUCUCGGUGUGGGAUUCUAUGGUGGAUUGGAGACCAACUAUGACGGCAACUGGACCUAUCCCGGUAUAAAUUUAACUGCUUAUGAAGAUGAAGGAAAAAGAUUGAGAUAUAUUGGUUAUACCAACUUGACUUUUUUGGACGUCGGAAAACCUACAAACCCAUGGUCAGCCUACCCCAUACAAACCAAUACCCCGACUUUAUUUCACUCGCGCCAAACAUCGGUAUUUGAUGCCAAAAGUAACCGUAUCUUCUUUUUUGGUGGACGCUACUCAGACCCUGUCACGUAUAAUUAUGUAGAAAACACUUUUGAAAACUCUAUCACGUUUGACCUAACGAAAGGAGCUUGGGGAUCUCAAGCUUUAUCUGGAAUUAAACCAAACCCAAGAUACAGUCAUACAACUACUUUAGUGGGUCCCGAUCAAAGAGAUGUUUUAUUGUAUGGAGGACAGAGUGAUCUCAAUAAUGACCGAGCUGUCCUUGAUUAUUGCUAUGUUUUGAAUCUUGACACAUAUGAGUGGAAACAGCAAAGCUUUAUUGCAAGUAAUGUGCUUUUAAUCAGAACUGAACAUUCAGCUGUUGCUAUCAACAACGAAACAUUAUUUAUUGUUUUCGGUAAAGAUACCGCCAGCGUACCUACUUUAUCAGUGCUUAUGCUAGACGUUAAAAAUCCGUCCAAUGUUACUUUGAUGGAAAAAUAUGUUGAUCCUACCGCCGUUGUAGUUCCACCAGUUGCUAAUUCAACAACAACCCCUAUUCCAGAAAAUGAAAGCAAGUUGAGUACCGGAGCAACUGCUGGUAUUGCUGUUGGAGCUAGUGCGGCAGGUAUUCUUGCUAUUGCUGCUAUUGUCUUUUGCGUUUUAAAAAAGAGAAAGAACAAAAAAGAACAGCAAGUAACCAAUGAAUCAGAACCUAAUCAAAAAGAAAACAUUGAGGAGCCUGUCAUGGAAGUCAACUGGGAUGAAAUUGAUAAAAAAUACGUCGAAGUAGCCACCAGCCCUAUCUCUGAUUAUGGACAUGGCAAUCACUUUAGCUACUCUCCUCGAUUAGCUGAUGACUUGGUAUCGUUUAAUGAUGGCAGUACCGUUAUCCAAUCUGUAGGUAGCCCCGUUAUUCAAUCUGUAGGUAGCCCCGUUACCAAUCGGAAUUCAAUCACCCAUCAACGUCCAAAUGCUUUGGAUGAUAAUGAUAGGACUUCAAAUAUUGGAAGCUAUACUAUGGCUCUACAAAAACCAGAUGGUGCAUAAAUUUUCACUAAUGUAAUACUCUUAAUUUUACACGCAUCACCAAUUACUUACAAGUCAAUCCAAGUGUCGAAUAAAUUCUACUAGAAUUUUUUGAGACACUGAUUAUGCUACAUAUCUUCUGUUCUUGAAGUUAGCAAAAAAAAAAAAAAAAUACUGAUAAAAUCAAACUAAUACCAUAAUACAAUUAAUAAGUAAAAAUAAAUAUUGGGGCAUUUUUUUAAGUGUGUUUGCAUCUUAAUAAAAUUAUUUAGUACAAUAGACACAGGUCAUAGGGUUUACCAAAG